AUGAGUUCCUUGAUCGUAUACGAUACCCCUUCGCAGCAAAUAUCGCAAAAAAAUCAAGAGCUGCCAAUAUCUAGACUUUCGGAUUUCUUUAUUGGUCGUCCUUUGGGCACUGGAAAAUUUGGAAAUGUUUUCCUUGCGAGAACCAAGAAGGAAGAUUUCAUCCUUUCUAAAAAGCAGCUUGUUAAGUGUGGUAUGGAACAUCAAUUGCGCCGAGAAAUCGAAAUAAUGUGUCACUUGCGCCACCCGCACAUCCUUCAAUUGUAUACAUAUUUUCACGAUGAGUCUAAGGUGUACUUGGUGUUAGAAUAUGCGUUUUAUGGCCAGAUGUACACCCAUUUACAACGUGACAAGCGUUUUUGUGAGCGGAAGGCUGCUACGUAUGUCUACCAAUUAUGCGAUGCUUUGAAGUACUGCCAUGCACGUAACGUCAUUCAUCGAGAUAUAAAACCUGAAAAUCUCCUCCUUGGUUUCUACAACGAAUUGAAACUUGCUGACUUCGGUUGGUCUGUUCACGCACCCUCGCUCAGGCGCAGAACAAUGUGUGGAACAAUUGAUUAUCUCCCACCCGAGAUGCUUCUCGGACAUAACCACAACGAACGAGUAGAUCACUGGGCAGUCGGAGUUCUGUGCUACGAGAUGCUGAGUGGAAAUCCUCCCUUUGUGCACAACGACACAACGGAGACUUACGCUCGUAUCAAGGCCGUAAGGUAUAGGUUUCCCUCGGUCAUUACCCCACUUGCACAGGACUUGAUUUCGAAGAUCCUUGUCCUUCAACCUUCCCACCGGCUUGAUAUGGACUCUAUUAUUCAGCAUCCGUGGGUCCAAGCCUACGCCGAAAGGGGCAAGCCACCACCGUGA